UGUCACUGUCAUAAACUGUGAUUAAAAAAACAAAAUAGGUAUUUGAAAUUACGUUCCAAAUAUAAAUCCAUUUAAAGCCCUUAUCUGAUUAUAAACAAUAUACGGUUUCUGUGUGAAUAUUUAUACAAAAAUUAUUUAGCAUUGUAUACUUAAAGGUUUCCUGCAACUAGGCUUAUUAAUGAUGAUGAAAAUUAAUAUUUCGUAUAGAAUUAAAUGGUAAAAGUCAUUGAAGUCAUUAACAAAAACGAUUGUUGUACCAGCUAGGAGUUGUAUCACAGAAUUGUUUGUGGUUCUAUUUUAUCUUCUGAUUUGUUGAUUGAGAUAUACCUAGGUAGGAAAUGUCUUUGGUAAGAAAUGUUCGAAAGAAUGAAAAUUAUUUUGGUCAGGUGGUUAUUGGGCCUCCUGGUAGCGGUAAAACAAGUUAUUGUGGAAAGGUCUAUAAAUUUUACAAAGAAAAAUUAAAUAGGGAAGUUGAAGUUGUGAAUCUGGACCCUGCAAAUGAGAAUAUGAACUACAGUCCUAAAAUAGAUAUUAUGCAGCUUGUGACGGUACAAGAUGUUAUGCAUAAUUAUAAGUUAGGCCCAAAUGGUGCAUUAAUGUACUGUAUGGAAUAUUUGCAGGAGAACUUUGACUGGCUAUUACAUCAACUUCUUCAGAUUAAAGAUAGUUAUAUUAUAUUUGAUAUGCCUGGCCAGGUUGAACUUUAUACUCAUCACGAAUCUAUUAAGAAAAUAUUUGAAAAAUUGGAGAAAUUAAAUUAUCAUUUAUGUGCAGUACAUCUGAUAGAUUCUCAUUAUUGUUCAGAUCCAUCUAAAUUUAUAUCAACAUUGCUUCUUUCAUUGUCUACUAUGAUGCAAGUUGGCUUACCCCAUGUAAAUGUACUGAGUAAAGCAGAUUUGUUAAAAAAUAAUUCAUCAAAGUUACAUUUUGGUUUGGAUUUCUAUACAGAUGUUCUGGACCUCGAGUAUCUGUUAGAAAUGCUAGAUGAUGGACCUUUCACAAAAAAAUUUAAAAAGUUAAAUGCCGCAGUAGUUGGACUUAUACAAGAUUACAGUUUAGUAUCUUUUAUUCCUUUAAGUAUCAAUUCAGAAAAAAGUUUAUUAGAAUUGAAGAAUGCUAUUGAUAAGGCAAAUGGGUAUAUUUAUGGAGGAGGUGAAGAAAGGAGUAUACAGACUUUACUGUCUUGCGCUGUAGGCGCGAGAACAGAAUCAGAACGAUUGGACAUGGACUAUCUUUAGUUACAUAAUAAAAAUUAAAAAAAAUAUUUAUUCAUCAAACACUCAUUACAUAUAAUAUUAAAUGUUUAUUUUG